AUGGAUGCAAACUUCUUUGACCACUUAAAGAACAAGGAACUAAAGGACUUGUUCAAGAGGUUGUGCACUCAGAAUCAGCAGAGAAAAUUUAAUGCUUUGUGGCAGAUGCUUGAUCAGCUAACUGCGGAGCAAGUGAAGGCAAGGGCAGCAGGAACCAGCAGUAGCCAGUUACGUGAGUGCGGUCUACUGACUCCAGGCCGUCUUGUAGAGGGUGGGAUUGUGAAGCUCGACCGAUCCCUCCUGACAGCGCUAGUGGAUAGAUGGAGGCCGGAGACUCACACGUUCCACCUCCCAUGUGGGGAGCUGACUCCGACGCUGCAGGACGUGGCCUACCUACUGGGUCUCCCUAUCGUCAGUGAUGCCGUAGGUCCGCGUGUGGUGCCGGCUUUGUGGAAGGAUAACCUGGAGGAGCGCUUUGCUCCGGUACAGCGCGUGGCAGCAGCAGGACCGAUCAACCCGCACCCGCGAGCCACAGGUCCUUCGAAGACCUGGUUGCUACAGUUUACACCUACCCAGUUGGAUGCGGAUGCGGACGAGUAUAGUGUGACCAGAUCGCUGGAGGCGUACCUGCUAUGGUUGUUUGGUUACAUCAUGUUCAACAACACCCAUGGCAACUCCGUCGACAGGAUCCUACUUCCGUACGCACGAGAGAUUGCGGAUGCAGAGGAUGACUUACCGCCCUACAGCUGGGGUUCGGCGAUAUUGGCGGCCACCUACCGUGGACUCUGCGAUGGGUGCAGCAAGACCGAUGGUGAGGCUAUUUUCUCGGGGUGCCCACUCCUGCUUCAGCUUUGGUCGUACGAGAGGAUAGCGGUUGGUCGCCCUAUCGUGAGCCAGGAGCCAUACCACGACAUCUUGUACGGCGACGACGAGGAGGGUUGGCCUAUUAUGGGUACCCUCUGGAACUGGCGUCAUAGAUCUUGGGCGCAUGCCCAGGUUAGGCUUGCAUAUCCUGAUUUCGUGUCGGAGCUGGAUAUGCUGACGCUAGAGGACGUUAUCUGGGAGUCAUACACCCCAGAGGCGGUGGCGAGACGUGCACCUUUAGGCCUGUCUCCACACUGCUCUGCGAAUGCGGGCAUGUGGCUUACUACAGUCGUUCUUGUUUACGACAUCGCGGUUGUCGAGGAGUGGCAUGUCGUGCUCAGCCGUUUGGCUCACCAUGAUGCAGCCGUGGUUGGAGCAAUGGGACGAUGCAGAUGA